CAAAAUUGCAUAAACAAGGCAACGGAAGCAUCUUCCUGUCUUUUCUCAACCUUCUCUUGAUCUCUGGCUGUCUUGUAUCCAUUGGCAAUGGAAAAGAUAUAUAACUACUAACCCUAUUUUUAUAUUUUGGAAUCCAAUACGCUAAUGAAAAUUAAAAUAAUUAUUUCUUUGCUUAAGUAGUUUAAUACUUCAGUCAUUUUCUCAAAAUUCCAAAGGUAUUCUGGACGGGAAGAACAACGAUGGGGCUCUUCAAGUCUAAAAACUCAGCACCUAUAUUUUAGAUUUUCCAUUUUUGAGCUAAUUUCUUAUUAUUUUCUUUGCCCAAAAUUUUUUUUGGAGUAAUACCAAUUGGGUUUUGAGCUGAAAUCGGUAAGAAGCCUGAAAGAGUGAUUUCAUAGUUUAUUGAAGCUUGGCCAUGGAAGACAGAAAAACUUUGUGUUUUACUACAGAUCAAUUCUGUUAACUGAAGACAAAGUGGUAUUCUUAGAAGAUUAUCAUGGGUUAUGGUAAUUCAAAAUCUAUAAGAUUUCAAGAUGAUGUUGAACUAGCAAAGCUACCUUCAGUCAAUGAGGUUGGUGUGGUCAAGCUUAAGUAUAAGAUUGAUGGGGGAGAAGUAGCAGAGCCCUUCGAAAAGGAGGUGUCCCGGAAUACUGGAAAAUCGUUAAAGGCUAAAGUUCUGUCCAGAGUCUUUUCCGAGGACUAUGAGAGAGUGCAGAAGAAAAUAUUAGAUCCUCGAGGACAGACUGUUCGCCGUUGGAACAAGAUUUUCUUAGUAACUUGUUUAGUUUCUUUGUUCGUGGACCCUCUAUUCUUUUACUUGCCAUCGGCGAGAGAUGAAUUCUGCAUUAGUAUUGGAGAACCACUUGAAGUUGUUCUAACAUUUGUUCGAUCAGUGGCUGAUGUUUUUUACAUAAUCCAAAUUUUUAUUAACUUUCGCAAAGCUUAUAUUGCACCUUCCUCUCGUGUAUUUGGGAGAGGAGAGCUUGUAAUAGAAUCUUCAAAGAUCGCAUUGAGAUACCUACGCCUGGAUUUCUGGAUAGACCUCAUUGCUGCGCUGCCCCUUCCUCAGGUCCUGAUUUGGAUUGUAAUCCCAACCCUUAGCGGUUCGACAGUGACAAACACAAAAAACGUCCUUCGAUUCAUCAUAAUCUUUCAAUACAUACCAAGGCUCUUUCUUAUAUAUCCGCUCUCAUCACAAAUAGUUAAGGCCACUGGUGUUGUGACAGAGACAGCUUGGGCAGGGGCUGCAUAUAAUCUGAUGCUAUACAUGUUGGCAAGUCAUGUUUUAGGAGCUUGUUGGUACCUUCUUUCAAUUGAGCGGCAAGAAUCUUGUUGGAGAAGUGUUUGUGGUCUUGCGAAUACGUCUUGCAGAUAUGAUUACUUUGACUGUCGUUGGGCUCAAGACCCUAACAGGAAGUCCUGGUACCAGUCGAGUAAUGUCACAAAUCUCUGUAUUCCAGAUAAUUAUCAGUUCGGUAUUUAUGGUGACGCGGUGACAUAUGAUGUUACAACCUCGUCGUUCUUCAACAAAUACUUUUACUGUCUCUGGUGGGGUCUAAGAAACCUCAGUUCUUUGGGACAAAAUCUUUCAACAAGUACUUAUGUUGGAGAGAUAAUGUUUGCUAUAAUCAUCGCUACUCUUGGUCUGGUUCUCUUUGCAUUGCUGAUUGGUAAUAUGCAAACAUACCUCCAAUCCACAACUGUGAGACUAGAAGAGUGGAGGAUAAAGAGAACUGACACAGAACAAUGGAUGCGUCAUAGGCAACUGCCUCCGGAGCUAAGACAGUCUGUACGGAAGUAUGAUCAAUACAAGUGGUUGGCUACUCGAGGAGUUGAUGAGGAAGCUCUUCUCAAUGGCCUACCUAUGGAUCUUCGAAGGGACAUCAAGCGGCACCUUUGCCUUGACCUUGUUCGACGAGUUCCUUUGUUCGAUCAAAUGGAUGAAAGGAUGCUGGAUGCAAUAUGUGAGAGGCUUAAACCUGCCUUGUGCACCGAAGGCACAUUUCUAGUCCGCGAAGGAGACCCUGUCAAUGAAAUGCUCUUCAUAAUUCGAGGCCACCUUGAUUCUUACACCACAAAUGGUGGUCGAACCGGAUUUUUCAACUCAUGCGGUAUUGGUCCGGGUGACUUCUGUGGUGAGGAACUGCUGACAUGGGCUUUGGACCCUCGUCCAAGUGUCAUCCUGCCAUCUUCAACGCGCACAGUCAAAUCCAUCUCUGAAGUAGAAGCAUUUGCUCUAGUAGCAGAGGACUUGAAAUUCGUAGCAUCCCAGUUCAGAAGACUUCACAGCAAGCAACUUAGACACAAGUUCCGGUUCUAUUCACAUCAAUGGAGAUUAUGGUCUGCAUGUUUCAUACAGGCAGCAUGGCGUCGAUGUAAGAAAAGAAGGGAAGCAGCCGAACUCAAGGCUAAAGAAAACCACACAGAAAAUGAGCCUGCAAAACUUCCACCUGUGUCGGACUUGGUUACCUAUGCUGCAAGGCUCGCUGCAAGCACCAGACGUGGUGCCAAUAAGCAUUCUGGGGUCGUUGGCUCAUUGCAGAAGCCAGCGGAGCCUGAUUUUUCAGUUGAGGAGGAAUGAAUGGAGAAUCCAUACAACUAGGGACUUUAAAAUAGUGUGAAUGGAUGAUCUGUGCUGUAAAUUACUCUCUUAGGAUAUAUACGAUCAGAUUCAGGAGUGCAUUAAUAUAAUUGUAUGAUUAUUUGAUUAUUUACAUUAGGUGACAUUAGGUGAUAGGAAUGUUUGACUACUCGCGACUCUUUCAAGACCUUUUUAGUGUGAAUUUUAAGGUGAGGCCAAAUAUUAGCACAUGGUCCAACUUAUAUAAAAAUAAGGACCAAGUUUAGCAAA